AUGAAAAAAACUCAUAGUUGGUCAACUGAUAGUGGGAAUCAAAAAGUUAUUGAUAAUGAAAAUACAAUAGACACUAGAAAGAAGUCAAAAUUAAAUUGUAAGAAGGUAACAAUUAUAAUUUUCUCAAUAAUUGGAUCAAUUUUAAUUUUAACAUUAAUUAUUAGAUAUCAUACCCAACCAAUGUUUCUAUUUAUUCAAAAUGAUAUUGGUGAUAGUAAUAAUAAUGACCAGAAUAAUCCACAGAAAUAUCAAGAAUUUAUAAAUCAUCAAUAUCAUCACGUGAUGCACCCAAUAUGGGAUCUAUUAUAUAAAGAUUUAUUGACUUCUCCAUUAAAUAGAAUGACAAUAUCGGUUCCUAUUAAUGAUAAUACAACUAGAAGUUAUCAAGUGUUAGCUAUUGAAACAUCAAAAAUAGAUAAUUUAGAUAAAAUGGUUCCAAAAUAUGAUAAUCAAGUUACUCUAUACCUUUCUUUAGGUCAUAAACUAAUAAUUAAAAAUUCCCAUGUUGAAGUUUUUGAUGAAGGUUCUAAUUUAAUACAAUCAUUUGAAAAUGAUCCAAAUAUAAAAACAUCAUCAGAACAAAUAUUUGAUAAUAGUUCUAAUAAUUAUUAUCCUAAAAAUGAAAGAUUUUUACAAAAUAAUAUAUAUGAUUCACAACUUAGAAGAGUAGAUUUUAAAAAUCAAGUAAAUAAUCAUGAAAUAGACAGAUUAUUCCGAGAACAAGGAUAUUAUAAUUAUACAACAACAAAAAAUUGGACUUAUAAUCCAGAAAUAAUAUAUCCAGUUAUUCCAACUUAUUAUCCAAGAAAUCCAUAUGUUGCCCCUUAUGGUAAUCCUUAUUACUAUGCACCAAAUAUUCUUGUUCCUUAUAUAUAUGUAUAUUAA